GGACGGACGCGGCGCCGCCCCCACCGGCAGCAGGCGGGCCCGAGGCGGGCGGAGGAGCGGAGCGGCGGGGAGAGCGGCGGAGCAGGCGGAGAGGUGAGCGCGGUUCUAGUCCCAGUCCCUGCCCCUGUCCCGCUCCCGGCGGCGGUGCGGAGCGGAGCGGGCAGUCCGGGCACGGCGGAACGGCCGUCCGCGGUUGCGGACGGGAGUCCGGGGAGCGCUGGGGGCGCGGGCGUUGCAGCGGGAGCCCGGGGUCGCCGAUGCCUGCGAGCUGUGGGCGGGAGCCCAGUGGGUGCGGGCUGCGGGGCAGUGCGCCGGAGCCCCGGGGUUGCGGGCUGCGGGCGGGAGUGCAAGCAGCGCCGGCGGUGAGGACGAUGCGCCGAGAGCAGGAACCUGGCGGGGUCUGAAUUGUGAACGGGAAGCUUCUGCGGGGUACGGACCCGGGGGAUGCGGGUAGAGAGCCCCGGGCGCACCAGAGUCCCAGUGAGUGUGGGCUGUCUACCAGCAGCACUGGGUAGUGGGAGCCUGGGGUGCGGGAACCUCGGGAAGCAAGAGCACUGGUACGUGCAGGCAGAGAACCCCAGGGAGUGGGAGCCCGGAGGGAGCGGACAGGGAGCCGUGGGGCGCAAUCGGGAGCCCGGAGGGAGUGCGCAGGCAGCCCCGGGGUGCAGUGCGGACCCCCGCGGAGCAGGAGCUGUCGCACCGCCAAGGGGAGCUGGCUGGCUGGAGCUGAGGGAGCGUUGGGUGCCUGGGCUCUGACUCGGAUGCUCUCCCCGCAGGAGGCCGUGGGCCAGACCAGUGGCGAGCCGGGCCGGAUGGGCGGCACGGCGGGGCCAGAGCCCGGGGACCCCCGGGGCGGCUGAGCUGGCCCAUGGCGGCGGGCGCGGGCGCCUUCGCGUGGGCCACCUUCCCCGCCAUGCCCACGCGGCGCGUGUACUGCAGCGCCGCGCACCGCGACGGGCAGCUCUUCGUGCUGGGCGGCUGCGGGGGCGGCGGGCGAGCCCUGGGAACUGCUGAGGUGCUCGACCUCACAGCCCAGCGCUGGACCACGCUCCCACCGCUGCCCACGCCGCGGGCUGGCGCUGCCGCUCUCGUCCUGGGCAAGCAGAUCUUGGUGGUGGGCGGUGUGGAUGCGGCACAGAGCCCCCUCGCCUCCGUUGAAGUCUACCACGUGGAUGAGGGCAAGUGGGAGAAGAAGGCGGCAUUGGCUCAGCCCUCCAUGGGCAUCUCAGCUGUGCAGAGAGAUGGGGCUGUCUAUGCGCUGGGGGGAAUGGGUGCGGACACCUCUCCCCAGGCACUGGUCCGUGUCUAUGAGCCGGCAAAGGACCACUGGCAGCCCCUACCCUCCAUGCCCACCCCGUGUUAUGGGGCCUCUGCCUUCCUGCAGGGAAACAAGAUCUUCGUCCUGGGAGGCCGGCAAGGCAAGCUGCCUGUCACCGCUUUCGAGGCCUUUGACCUGGAGACAAGGAGCUGGACACGCUACCCCAGUGUGCCCAGCCGCCGCGCCUUCGCUGCCUGUGCCAUGGCUGAUGGGGUUGUCUUCAGCCUGGGUGGGCUGCAGCAGCCAGGGCCCCACAACUUUUAUUCUCGUCCCCAUUUUGUCAACACCGUGGAGAUGUUUGAUCCUGCGCAGGGUGUGUGGAGAAAGCCAAACCGCAACAUCCGUAUGAAAGAGAAGAGAGCUGACUUCGUGGCUGGAUGCCUGGGAGGAAGAGUGGUGGCCAUGGGUGGCCUCGGGAACCAGUCCUGCCCACUGGACUCAGUGGAAGGGUUCAGCCUCUCGCAGAAAAAGUGGGAGCCACUGCCCCCCAUGCCCACUGGCCGCUGCUCCUGCUCCAGCUGCCCAGCGCCCAGCCUGCUCUUCGUCAUCGGUGGUGUGGCCCAGGGUCCCAGUGGCGCUGUUGAGGCUCUGUGCCUGCGUGACGUGCCCUGAGCAGGACCCCGGGGACCAGCCCUGGCCAAGCACCAAGUGCCUGAAGACGGGGACAGGGUGUGUGAGCACCAUGUGUUCACCCAGAGUGACCUGGCUCCAAGAAACCUCUGUCCCAUGAUGCCAGGCACCAGAGCAUCUGUGGUUUUGGGAACUCCCAGCUCCUGCAGCGCUGUGGCAAUGAAGCCCAGGGCAGACUCCUGCCUGGUGGGAUGGCCAUCGCCAGCAGUGUGGAGGGAGCAGCGGUGGCAGGACUACCGCUGGCCUCACUGCCCUGUCUGGCCCCAUCUGUGCCGCGGCGUAUCCGUGCCGUGUGUGUAGCAGUGAGUGCUGUGUCGUCGUAGACCCAGUCGAUGUCUCAUGUAGCACAGAGGUGCCCUGUAGCUCAGUGCCUGGGAGGUGACAUAGCACCUCAAAUAAAUUAAACGUGG